AUGUCCACAGCAGCUGCUUUACGGCUCCCUGCCAUUCAACACCCUUCAUCAAGACUUGGAGACCCCGAGCUCAUCUCUCUACGGGGUUAUUCCACAGACUGCAACAGAGAUCAGAGAUACUGGAUCCCACAUAGAGGAAUCAGACUUCAGUCUCCAGGGACUGAGAGUCUGGACUCUACCUUUCGUAGUCAGAGCAGCAGAAGUGAUGUCAGUUCUCUGAUGGAGAGAGGAAAAAGAGGAGGAUUGGAUAUUCCGGAGGAAAUUCCCGAGGGAGAAGAAGACCACGACACGGAUAAACCCAGACUACCUGUAUUCCGUCACAGGGUGGCAUCAGAGAAUCUCUCCAUAAGCAGAGAUUCUCAUACAACCUACACCAGCAAUGAGCCAUGGAUGACAGAUCAUACUGGUCAGUUGGAUGAUGACAUUAAAGAGCGUAUUCAAACCACAGGAGCUUUGACCCUCAAAAUCCUGUUCAAGAACAAUCACCCUGAUGGCAAACCUCUGGUCAACAGGUCUGUGUUACUUGAGAUCCUCACUAAGUUCUUGAGGCGGCCUGUCACAGCUAAACAACUGAAAGGCCUUCUAUAUCGUCUGCACCUCUCUGACCGUGUGCUUAUCAGUUUUGUGGACUUUUAUGGUGCCCUGAAAAACCCAGACUCCUAUAAAAGUAACCCAGCAGGUCCUCUUACAAUUCUUCAGACACUGGCCCUGCUGAAAGGGCCUGCACGCAGCAGGUUUCUGGAGAGUGUGGCGGUUUUGUGCAAGGCAGAUAAUCUGGGUGAAAGCUGGAUUUCAGCCCCAGAGUUCAGAAAUAUACUUAACAAACUUAAACUUUCCCUGAAAGAUCUGGAGUUUGAAAAAUUAUGGAAAAGAUUAGAUGUGGAUGGACUCGGAGCAGUUAAACAGACAAUUUUACUUAAAAAAUUGGGAUUGAGCAGAAUGAUCGAAUCAAACAAUGAGAGAAACUACCCCGUCUCCUGUGCAGCUAAAGUUGAAGACAUUAAAGCUCCUGGUAGGGCACUCUCUAAGGCAGAGGAGGAUCGUCACACAUCUAUCGCCAUAGAGAUGUGGUUGAAAGACAGAUUCAGGGAAGGAGCUCAGAGUAUGAAAGCAGAGUUCGAUAAACUGGAUCCUGAGAACAGUGGAAAGGUGAGUGGUGAAAACUUUCUACAGGUGCUGAAGAAGUUUGACCUUCAUCUGAAGAAAGAGCACCUGGGUCUGUUCCUUGCUCGGUGUGGUCUGAGGCUUAAAAAGGGUGUUGUGCAGUACUUGAACUUCCUGCGCAAAUUCCAGGACAGAAGUUCAGACGGCAUCACACACAAAAUCAUCUCCAACCCAGAGCAUAGGUUUCAUUCUAAUGAGAAUAUCAGUUGUGCGUCCUCUCCAAGUGCCAUAGAGGCCAAAUUAACUCGCCUGUUUCAGUCUGAAUACAUCUCCCUCCUUCAGACCUUUCAGAACGUUGAUAAACUGGAUAAAGGAACUAUUAGUCAGGAGGAGUUCAGAUCAGCCAUGGAGAGCAGGUUUGGCCUGGAGAUUUCCGACCUUCAGUUUGAGCAGCUGUUGGACAGGCUUCCUCUUGAUCAUCACGGAAAUGUGCAGUACCCCAUCUUCAUGGCAACCUUUGACACCAGGAAAGGAGUUCCCAGUCUCUUCGAGGUAGCUGCCCAGCCUGCCUUGAAUACUGAUUCAAGCCAGGAGAAGGGCUCAUUGGAACCGAAUCGAAGUGGCCAUGAGCUGUUUAGGCUGGUGAAGAGUGUGGUGGCCAAUCGUUACAGAGAUGUACUGAGUCAGUUUGAAGAGCUGGAUGAGAAAAACACCAGACGUCUCACUCAAGAGAACAUGUACCAGUUACUUAAAAGGUUAGAGCUCCAUCCUGAGGUAACUCGUGGAGAAGUUCGGAGGUUGUGGUCUUCUUUGUUCACCCAGCAGGAUGGAACUGUGGACUUUCAACAGUUUAUACGUCAUUUUGGCCCGUCGCCCAAAUCCUGCUGUUACCCUAAUGCCAAGCACAAUCCCCCCAAACGUGGAGAUAAUGACCUCAUGCGCCUAUCCAAAAGAUUCAACUGUGUGUCAGAUAUUCUAGUGGAUUCUCUACGAGCCAAGGUGGAGUUGUCUGUUUCUGAUCUCUGGACUGAGUUCUCUGAAAUAGAUUUUUCUGGAAUUGGCUUUGUUAGCAGUGAUGAAUUUAAAGAUAUUCUAAUGAGUCUCUGUGUUAAUCUCAGUCAGUAUGAGUGUGAUCUACUGGCUAGGAAAUUUGACAUCAACCAAGAUGGCAGAGUAUCCUACAAAGAAUUCCUCAGGCCUUUCCUAUCCCAGAGUGAAUCAUGGAAGCAUGGAUCCAAUAUGGCAGCUGCACUUCAGUCACCUAGAGAAAUGAAAGAAAUAGCCACCCCUGACACAUUAAGUCGCAGGAUCAGGAAGAGGCUCCAGCAUAAGGUCAGGGCUCUGCGCAAGGCCUGUGCCCGACUUGACGACUCCAACACUGGGAUUCUGCCUGCAGCCGAGCUGGGUGCUGUGCUACAGCUGUGUGGAGUGUGUGAGAGCCAGGAAGAACUGAGGAGUGUGUUCUCUAUCCUUCAAACACACCCCUCUGGACACUUGGACUACCGCCCACUCCUAAUGGACAAACACAGGACAUCCAGUCACAAGCAGCAAACCAAACACCAGCUCAGCCAGAGGAGUCAAUAG